UUGAAGUGUGCAUGGCUGCUUUCUCGUCUCCUUUCUCGUCUCUAGCUGAUUUGACAGACAUCACCCUACCUUUACCGGUUUCAGCUUCAACACUUCAGCGUUAUCGUCGUCCUGUUCAUGAGCACGAAUACAACUGAAGAAAGAGGAGAGGGAGAGGAGAGGAGAGGAGAGGAGGGGGUGAUCCACUGUUCUUUACAGUCACAGAUACGAUUCUAAACCUCCCUGUUUCCAGGGAGACGGGGCUCCAGAAGCGUUUGGUUCUUUCAUCUCCAGCAGCAUCGCAGGAUUUGCAAGAAGGUUAACGUACACAGAUCUCUAGGCUGACUGGAAGGCAAAGACAAAAGCAAAACAAAAAAAAAUACUAAAUAUGUAACACCGUCUGUGAACAGGAAAACAAGAAAAAGGAAAAGCGAAACAUUUCAGCAACUGGACGGGCUUGCAAUGUGUUUUCUUUUUAAGAUCGCUUUUUUAUAUUGCAUCUGCGAAUUACAUUGAUAACUGCCUCCUUCGAUCCUUUGAACAGUGGAUCGAUAAAGGAAACCAUUACGAAAACAAAAACAUUUUUAAAAUAGAUACAGUAGUAAACAGAACAGUGACAAUAACAUAUAAAAUACGUUUUUUUUUUUUUUUAUUGGAUCGGGAGUUCCAAGAUGCAGAGGGUAUUAGCAUCUGCACGGAUUAGUGGUGCAUUUCUAACGGGAUUAUGGAUUACCUGUGGAUUAGUCAUCCCAGAAUAAUUGUGUAAAUAAAUACAGACACUAGAGUAACAGUAAUUGCCAAAUCAGGAACGAAGCAUAACUACAACCCCACAGAAGACUUAAAGCAAUACAAUCCUACUUUGCUUGUCGGCAGACUACAUCUCCAGAGCCCUGCGCUCCUUCAAGACCAUGGCAGUGAGUGCAGUGUGAGGGAAUGGGAAGUGUCAAGGACUCCAGUGUUAGCUCUCAGAUACAGAUCAGCCCUGGACCGGUGAUGGAGGACUCCAUAGCGGCUGAGCCUGGAAGCAACCCCCCCUGCCACGGCCAGCAAGAGUGUGCGAGCUGUGAAGCUACCUCAAGCUGUGGUCCCCCUCAAUCCGACGUCUGUUCCACAAGCUGCUACCAAGAUGCCAAGAGCUGCUGCCAGCCAGAAACGACUGUGAAGAGGCCCAUCUGCCCAGGAGAGACUUCUAAUGUGAGCAAGGAGCAGUGUGAGUAUUUACCUCCUGGAGGACCCAGUGCAGCACUCUGUGUUAACGCAGAGCCUGAACCACUAUUGAAAGACAUAUCAGUUAAGGUGGUAACAGUGACAGAUGUUCUUAAUAUUGAGAGUGAUUGUUCAGUGGCGUCAGGCAAUCAGGGAGCAGUGAUGGGUACUUUGAACCGGUUCAGUGAUGUGGAUACUAACCAAGACUGUGACAGAGUGACGGCAGACAAUCAAACGGAAAAGCAGGGGAUGGGAGUGAGUGCAACCCUUCGUCAGGAUCUCAACCUGAAAGUGUCCGAUCAUGAACCUAGAGAGUCAAUCAAGGAUGAAGUAAUUCAAGAGACAUCACUGUCACAACCCUGCAAGGUGGAGAAGCCGUCUUUAGAUACAUCUGGAGAUCUUGUUCAACUGAAGGGGUCUUCUAAUGACUUGCUAGAUGAUUCCAAAGUCAUUACAAACACAGGAGCAAUAAAAAGCAAAGAUUUAAGCCUCAAAGAGGCUACCAAUCAGUCAGAUUUCAGGGCUGAAAAGCCUAACCGGGAUUCCUCAUUGCAUGAAGACAAACAGAAAUCUAGCAUGGAAUCUACAGCUGAUCCAGGCUUACAAGAAACCAGUAAAGGAGAUACACAGGUAAAAGAAAUAAAGGAGGUGCCAUCUCCAAACAAGAAGGUCUAUCAGUUCCAUCAGGAGAAGCUUGUGAAACACCCCCAGCCCACAGGCAACCGUGAAACCCAAGAGCCACCUACUGUGGUUUCAGGUCCUGCAAGUAAUGCAUAUACUGAGACUAGAGACCAAAACAUGAAGCAAUCUGGAGAGUUGACAAUAACAUCACAUGCUACUUUGGAGGUCUGCGGCACCAUUCAAGAAACUACCAAGCCCUUACAAGUAGAAACACAUGAUCAAAAAAACGCUUUGUGUAACGGAGGACAAAAGGAGCUCCGGCAAUCAGAAAGGAAGCAAAGAGAAGAAUCGCAUGGCCUGGGUGAGACUAGAACGAAGCUCACGCUCCACGUGGAGGCAGCGAAGGAUAGCAGCGGUGAAGCGGUGGGUCCGUGCCUCUCACAGAACAUUCCUGGUGUUCACGCUGAGAUUCAGGUCAGCCUGGGGGUGCCCUGCAGGUCAGCAGCAACCAGCCCUAUGACACCGCCCGAGGGGUCUGACAGUUUCUUUUUCCCUGUGGGGAAGGCUGGGCUUGGGGAGGCUAAGCCUGCCAAGAAGGACGCAGAGCUGCAGGUGGGCAUGCAAGUGGAGUCCAGGUCAGUUGCCACUGCGCCCAUGACCCCAGGUAGGAAGUCUCCCCAGGCUUCGUACCCUGAGAUUCACAUCAAGGGGGUGACGGAGGAUGACCAGCCUGAGCCAGUGCGGGAGGUCAGGUGGGACGAGAAGGGGAUGACCUGGGAAGUGUACGGGGCCUCCAUGGAGGUAGAGGUGCUGGGGAUGGCCAUCCAGAAGCAUUUGGAAAAACAGAUUGAGGAACACGGGAAACAACCUCCGCCACAGUCCCUUCCAUCGGCACAGCCGCCACCCACAAACCCAGAGCUCAACAGAGCAAGCUCAGUCAAAGGUGCGCUGAAGAAAGCUGCGGGGGUGGAGAAGAAGAGACGGCAGAGGAAUCCCUUUCGAGCGGUCCUGCAGAAUCUCCGCCGACCGCAGUGCUGCUCGCGGGCAAACACCAUUGAGUGA